AUGAAAUCGAGAACUGAAAUUCCAAUAUCGAAUUAAUUAACACCUUAUUUGGCCAAUUUGUAAGAUAAAUAGGAUAGAGUAUUAAGAAUGCUUUUGAAAAAAAAUAACUAAUUGGAGUUCAAACAAAUAAAGGUUGUUUAGAAAUAAACAUUAAAACAUAAAUCGCAACAUUUUUAAUUGCCAUAAAUUUAGAAUGCUGAUUUUAAUGAAAACAAAGACAGAAAAUACAGAAAAUAUAAAAAUUUUUAUUAUUCAGAUUAAAAAUCACAGUAACAGGAAUAUAAUUUGGAAUCUAGAGUAUAAGAAAUUUUGGAUAAAAUAUGUCAUGUAAGGAAAAAAUAGAUCAACGAUUUUAGACCUGAAUCGAAUCUGAUGAAGAGAAAAGGUUAUUCAGUUGAUUUACCUAAAUAGCAUCCUUCCAUCUUAUAACAGAGACAAAAAAGUGUAUAACAAAAUACAUUUAACUACUUCUUGUAGCCAACUCAAUUGAAUUCUGAGUCAGAUUGGCUCGAGUUUGUUUUUGGUUGA